ACGAACGUGUCUACGAAACUGCUACUCUUGAGGGCGAUAAGCGAGUGCGAUAGCGCGAACGUAGCACGCGCCGGAGAAAAGACGGGAGAGAUGGGACCGCAGAUACGGCGGGCUAGUCUGCGGUGCCAUCUGCCAUGCCAUCUGCGGUCUGCGGUGCCAGCAACGACCGAGCAUGCGCAGUGCCUCCGAGAAUUGACAGAACGGUAUCGAGAGCUGCCUGCGGAAGCCGCGGCUGCAAGCAAGAUGGACCCGAUCGUGUCGAGCACGCAUCUGUCGGACAAGGACGACGCCAGGGUUUAGUGCUUCGUCACCAGGUCAAGCGUGGGAGGCAGCACCGUGGCCAACUGUACCAGCCAAAGCAGCAAGGCACACCUGGCUCCUGGAGCAGCGAGGUGAACAGCAGCCAUUGCCGCACGCUCAUGUCAGGUCGCAGCCUGGUGUGUUGCAGCCUGCCCUGCGAACCUGGUAAUCAACCCGUCCAGUACGAUGCGGUCUGGAAGCGCCGUGCUGUCUUGCUGACCAGAUUUUCCAGCAGCCUGGUGUCUUUAUGCCCACUCUGCGGAUCCACUGACCAGCUCACCUAUCGAGCUGAGCAACGUGCUCAUCGUCAGCGGUGAUGAUGGCGAGGACCUCCCCACCACGGACUUGGAACGACAAUCCCUCGAGCGGGAGCAACUUGCUGCCGGACCGCCGAACAGCCGCUGAUCCAGGCUGGAGAAGUUCAGCUGGAACGUCAAGUAUCGAACCGGCGUCAGAGUGGCCACAUCUAUCGUCACGACAACGAGGCAAUCAACACCAUUGCUGGAAAUCCCGACAAACGCCUGGUUACGCACACACAUACACAAAAAUAAAGACUCAAAACAGCGCUGGCCACAAGGCCAGAAGAAUACGACGAUGGCGGCGUUCAGCGCCGAUGACGUGCAAGAAAACUCGCGCUUUCGUACCACGAGUCUAAUAAGUAUUUGCGGGGUAGAUCUUCGGUAGCCUCAGGAGAUGUUAGGGCGGGUCAUUGAAAUAGAGCUUCGGUAACACAGGCUUACGGAGUUACCCUGUUGGUGAUGGCAGAGGAAACGCGAGGAGCGAAACGUUGGUGGAUGGCAUGAAUGGCCCAAAGAGCGGAAAACCACGCACGACGGCAAAAUGGGAUGUUCACGGGAGCGUAUUCGCGCAAUGUGUUCUUCACCCAGUCACCAAGGUGUUUCUGCACCCUUUUAACCCUGUACUGCACAACGCAGAUUCUGCAUAGUGCGCGUUUGAGGCUUCGUAAUUUAAAUUGGCGCACGUGGAACACAAGUAGUCGUAUUAAUUCACAAUCACGGUAUCUUUAUGUCCACUACAUGACGAAGGCCUCUCCCAGCGAUCUCCCAUUACCGCUAUCCUGUGCCAACUACUUCCAACUUGCGCCUGCGAAUUUUCUCAUCUCAGCUCGACUGCGCUUCCGUUUUCUUAGCACCCAUUUUGUAACGCUAACGCUCCGCCGAUUAUCAAUCCUACGCAUUGCAUAGCCUACCCAGCUCCAUUCCUUUCUCUUUGUGUCGAUUACAAUAGCGGGUAUCCCUGUUUACCCUCCAAUCCAGAGCGCUUUUCACCUGUCUCUGAACAUUAUGCCUAACGUUAUUCGUCCCAUUGCUCUUUUCGCGGUCUUGUUUUCGUGCUUCUUAGUCAACCUCCAUGUUUUGGCCUCAUAUGUUGGCACCAGUAGAAUGCAGUGAUUGCAGACUUUUUCUGCGAUAGUGUUUGUUUUAGUGAUAGUGACUUUUUCUCCCAAUCAGGAUCUGGCAAUGCUUGCCGUACGCACACCAACUUAUUCUUCCUCUUCUGUAAAUUUCUUUGUCUUGAUCAGUGUCUCUUGCGACUUCUGGCCUAGGUAAAUGGACUCCUUCACAAAGCCUAGAGGUUGAUUGGCAAUCCGGAACUUUUGUUCCCUUGCCAGGCUAUUGAUCAUUUUUCCUUCUGAUAUUAAUCCAACUGCACCAUUAGACUUUCUGUUAAGGCCCUCAAUCAUUUGUAUAUCCUCCCCAGUGCUGCUUAACAGGACGUCGUCUGCAAACCGAAGGUUGCUGAGAUGUUCGCCGUUAAACCUCUCCUAGUCCAUCAUAUUUUGGCAGCUUCAGCACUUUGAAGCAUGCAGUGAAUACCAUUGGAGAGUUUGCGUCUUCUUCACUACUUUCUCUAUACCUACCUUUCUACAUGUGGAGAAAGAAGGUAGCUGAGGAAUCCUUUUAGAUAUUUCCGAAGAUAUUCACAUAUGCCAUAUGUACUUCUUGAUUACGUAAUACUUUUGUGAAAAUGCGUUUGAUUGCUUAGAGACACCAGCAGCCAUAAUGAAUGAAAGCGUUGUAGAGUGGGUGCUCGUACUCUGCAGAUUUCUCAAUUACCUUAUUGAUGACAAAAGGAGGAGGAGGAGGAGGAGGAGGAGGA